AUGCCUCCGGAUGUGGAUGAGCUAACAGAUGAAGAGCAAUUCGAUGAUGAUAAUUUGGGUACUCCAGUUGUAUCAGAUGUUGCAGGUACAUUAGAAAUUAGAAUGCCAGAUGAUAAUGAUAACCCUAUUAUUUCGGAUAAGAAAAAGGAAAACAAUUCCCGUAAACGAUUUCUGAUACUUUCGGGCUAUCAUACUUUACCCAGUGAACGGGACUACUGGGCAGAAGCAGAUGAUUUAGGAGUAACAAUAGUGAAGAAUGCUAUGACUAGAAAUUUCUACUUAGAGCUCAAAAGAUUAUUGCAUUUCCAAGAUAAUAAAUUACAUCAAUAUAACAAGAAUGAUAAAUCGUUUAAAAUACGUCCCUUGUUAGAAAUGCUUUCCAAGAAUUUUCAAAAAUGGGGCAUUUUCCAUGAAAAUUUGUCUGUUGAUGAAAUGAUCGUCCGGUAUUAUGGUCAUCAUACACUGAAACAGUUUAUAAAAUCUAAACCUAUUAGAUUUGGGUAUAAAAUCUGGGCUCUGUGUGGCAACGAUGGAUACUGUUAUAACUUUGCACUGUAUUGUGGAAAGGAAACAAAUACUUCCGAAUCUGACAAACUGCCUUUAGGUACAAAAGUGGUGCUAGAUCUACUAUCUAUUGUAGAAGAUCCGAAGAGCCAUCGUGUUUAUUUUGAUAAUUUUUUUACCAGUCAUGCGUUACUAAAAAAACUGAAAGAACUGAAGUCAUGA